CUAUGUUUUAUAAACUGUAUUCUUAAAUUCAGAAGAAUGAGGGUCAUUCAAUCCAUGGCCAGAUAAAAAAAAGUUGAUAAUACCAAUGUGCUUACUCUUUUUUUGGUCUACCAUCAGCUGAGGUAUUACAGGAAGGAAACAGAAUGACAGAGAUGACACGACUUUUCAUUCUUCUUUUUCCCCUAAUGAACGUCCCCCCACAAACUCCCACUGAGCUCUGCAGGGAAUGGCUCUGAUAAAGAGAGACAGAACAGGAACGUGUGUGGGAAAAGAUUCAAAACUGAGCAAAGAUGGAGCACGCAGCUGCCAUGAAAGAAAAAGACCAGAAAAAGACUGGAGCAUGUUUGUGUUUUCUUUUGGACUGAAAAGCUCACACCAGGGAUUAUAGAAGAGGAAACAGAAGUAAAACAGCGAGCUCAGAGGACUGUUCCUGUAUGUGUGUCAUUACUUGUGGAAGCAAUAUCAUGCUCAUAGUGUUGUUUAUAACCAGAGUCCACCCACAAAGAGGCAAAAAAUUAUCUGCCAUUCGAUUACCUCCUGCUUCAUACAUCUUUCUUACAGAGGCGUGCCCACAGAGACAAUCUUGAUCUCAGUACAGUUUGCUUGUUUGCUGCUCUCAAGGUAUGAACUACAGCAAUACCACUCAGCCCCCUAGCUGUGGAGGCCUUCCACGUGGAAACAGCACAGACUUCAGCAGUGUAUUCACACGUGAGGUGCUCCCAGUGCUCUAUGGUCUGAUCUGCGUUGCUGGACUGAUUUUAAAUGGCUUGGCAGCAUGGAUCUUCUUCCAAGUACCCAACACCUCAGGCCUGGUGGUAUACCUGAAGAACAUGGUGGUGGCCGACCUUCUCAUGCUGUUCUCCUUCCCUUGGCGCGUGGCCAAUGACCUAGGAUUGGGUGGAUGGUACCUGAGACUGGUGGUGUGCCGCUACACAGCCGUGCUGUUCUACUUAGGCAUGUAUACAGGUAUCAUCUUCAUGAGCCUCAUCAGCCUGGAACGCUAUGUCAAGAUCGUGCACGCGUCCUCGAGCUCACCUCGGACUUGCUCUUUACGGGCCUCCACGUUUCUGCAGCAGGUAACUGUAGCCAAAUGUCUGGUGUUUCUGUCCUGGGCCAUGAUGCUACUCUGCAUGCUCCCCAACACACUGCUGACCAACAAGCCAGCUGCAGAGGGCUGCUCCUGCAUGGACCUGAAAAGUGAGCUUGGACGCCGCUGGCAUGACAUCUCUGUCCACUCUGUUGUGGCCAUCUUCUGGGUGACACUUGUGUUCAUGUCUUUCUGCUACUCUUCCAUAGCCUGGCAGGUGUAUCGUUCCUACCGAAGAGUAAGGCGGGGCAGCAGCAUCGCAAGCCGCAAGUCUAAUCAAAGUAUUUUCAGCUUGUUGGCUGUGUUUUUUCUCUGUUUUGUGCCAUAUCAUGUUUGCCGAGUGCCCUACACACUGAGCCAGAGGUUCAACACCAGUCUUAGCACUCAAACCCAAUUCCAACUCUUCCAGGCCAAAGAGGUCACACUGCUCAUGGCUUCAUUUAAUGUGUGUCUAGACCCCCUGGUCUACUUCCUAAUGUGUAGGACAUUUCGAGAGUUGCUGCUGCACAAGCUGUCUACUGCAGAGGCUAUAAAUGGGAUGCCCUCUGUUACCAACAGACUAAGCACCAGUAAUUUGUAGAGAAGAAAUGGAAACAGUAAGAGGAAGUGAUAUUUGGUGAUGGAAACCAAGGUGGCUGCAGUGGGUCAGUCACACAUUGCUAGAUCAAAAACAAAAUGAGCACAUGAGCAGUGCUGUGUGUUCCAGUUUCUGUCUCAUUUUGCAAAGCCACUGGGACUGAAAUUAGAAGCCAAGACCAAAUCAUUUAAUCACUAAAAAGUCACAAUAGUCACCGAAAUGACUUAAAAAAAAUCUCGUGUCUUUUUUGUGUACAUCUGUACAACGUUGUAAUACAAGCUUUGGUUUUGCAUGAUUAAUAUAAAAUCUAAAUUCUUCUUAAAGCUGUAAUGAAAUGUCUAAUGAAUGAAAACUGUUCUUGCCAUUGUACUUUUGGAUUUGU